AUGCUAAAACUACUCUUACCACUCAUAAUAGUCCCGAUAUUAUGGCCAUCUCUAUACGCUGAGCCUAUUGCAAGUUUUUUCGAUGGCCUGGAUAGUAGAAACGAAUGCAAAGCAAGAUUGGAUAGACGGCUCACUGGAUUUUCCGGACUCUUAUACUCCCAUUCAAAAUACGGACAAGAACCAUACAACACUAGUAGAAACUGUGUGCUUAUGCUGGUAGCCCCAAUUGGGUACAGUAUCCGAGUCAGAGCAAUUCAUUUCGAUGUUGCCAGUACGGAAAACGCGAGAAAUUGUGAAAAAGAUACUUUGCAUGUCUUUGAUCAUGAGACGACACUUGAUCCGGAAAGCUACGCACCUGCUCGCAUCGAUGACAUAACAUCGCCAGGUCCGAUCAUCGGAAACUGCGUAACCGGAGAAUUCUCAUGUGGCAAUGGAGAAUGCAUUCCCAUCGAAUCCGCCUGUGACCGUUUUGCUGACUGCUCAAACGGAGAAGACUUAAUCCACUCUCGUCAGAUGGCUGCCAAUUGCCAGAAUAUUGAACUGGACCCCUUGACAACUGUCAGUGGUGUUUUUGUCUUAUUGUUCUCGGCAACAAUCAUCCUGUCACUCUGUGGACUCAUCAUGUUCAUCUGCUGCCUUUGCAAGUGUCUCAAAAGCACAAUUCCAAUCAAAGGUGCUACCUCUCACACCACUACAACUACUACAACCGCAUCUGACUACAAACCAGAACCACCUCAGUUCUACCCACCAUCCCCACCAAAAAUGCCACCACCAUCGGCUGCAAGCAGUUACACUCCAAGAUUGCACCACUAUUUUGAGGGCCCGUUGGUACCAAGUGAGGCAAACGCUUUCCAUUCUGGCCGUCUCCAGAAUCACUACAGCGUCAACAGCGACAUCAACGGAGACUACACCUAUGUUCGAAACGAUGUUCACCGCAAUCUUCUCUAG